AUGUUUUCUGAAGACAUUUUCCCCUUACCAGAGCAUUCGCCUAAUUACGACAUAGCCACACAAAUGUGCCCAAUCACUAUGCCUAUUGAAUACGGUCCCGUCUUUGACGACGAUGGAAAAACUUCUUUAACGCCGCAGACGAAAGGCUCCAAUGUCCCGAGGGGAACAAGCUACAUCUUCCACACCCAAGGACAGACCGCCUACACGACCGCCGGUACGUCACCUUCGAUUUCAACCCUCGGAACCCCUUCCUACCAACAGGCUUCCCCACAAUUCUUGGCAACCAGUGGGACCUCGGGUUCUUCUGGUCCAGCAAGACCUUCGUACGCAACACCAGGUGUAGCGACAGCCCCCGCCCAGCCAGCGUUUGCCUACCCUAUAUCGUACAACCUUCAGGCGCCCCAUCCGUAUGCUAACUACCCUCAAAGCACAGUGGAAUACACGAAUGCAGCGAUAUCACAGUCUGCUAGUCUUCCAAGUGACUACGCCCCACAAGGUCUUGCACCGUCUCCGCCAUCGGUCCUUCCGCAGUCAGCUCAUUACGCCCAACCGUUGUACUACACCGGCACUGCGACUGGGACGUCAGCCCUCCCAGCGGCCUCAGGCCCUUCCGCCGCACCCCCCGGUGCUUUGGUGCAUGCUGGCAUUACCUACGUACCAGCACCAGGUCAAGUGGGGAGGAGCCAAGCGACAUACGCCCUACCUGCGGGGUAUCCUUCGGCCCAGCCCAGUCCUGCCUUCGCCACUUACGCACCGCCACUGACGAGCUCUCAACAGAAGACUGGUGACCUCAAUGUGCCUUCCGAAUAUUACUCACCCAGCUUGUAUUCUGGUCAAGCAUAUGGAGCUCCCAGUGGUGCCAGUGUUUACAGUCCACCACCUUCGUACUACGCGCCGCAGGCAGUGCACCCAACACAAGUGGCGCAACCGGCAGCACUUCCUUCUACCUACCACGUAUAUGGUCGAUCUCAAAUUCCUCCUGAGGCACUGUAUCGGUAUUACGUGCCUCACACAGGACACCCCACUCCCGGUCCGCAGCAGACCCAGCCAGUUGCUCCAUCUCCUGUGCAACCAACGUACCCGGCUGGGACAGCUCUCGUGGGAGGUUUUGGUAACAUCUUCGGAAGGCAAGCACCGUCUAUCUCUUCUGCACUCUACAGAAGCUUCGUGGAUCUCGGCUACAGUGGGGCCUCUAUCUACGGCACUCCGAUGUACUCCAAGGCGAGCCCGGGACCCUACUUGUCCAAGUACGUGUCACCUCAGUACUACUCGGCGACAGGUUCUCCGACAACGGGGCCUUACUCAUACACUCACAACUCUCUCAGAGACACCAGGGCAGCGGCGGCUGCACUUGGACACGACGGCAGCUCGAGUCGGCCAUACGAUGUCGGCGCUCCCAUCUACGCAGCGCCAACGUACACAGAGGCAUUUGCAGCUUCCCCACCAGCGAGAUUUGUUUCUGUGCAAGCUUCCAGAAGGGGUGUGCGUUAUAUCAAAAAGAAGUAG